AUGAAAACAUAUACUGCUUUGUGCAUAAUUCUGUCUGCGUUGAUCGUGCAAAAAACGAUUGCAACUACAAGUCCACUUACACCAUAUACUAGCUAUCAAUUUUCAAUUGAACUUGAACAUAAUAUAGCUGAUCUUUGGUGGACAGUCGAUGAAAAUCGACAAGAAAUUACUUUUGAAUUACACAUUAAAACGACAGGAUGGAUUGCUUUAGGUAUCAGUCCAGCUGGUGGAAUGAAAGGUGCAGAUAUUGGACUUGGAUGGAUUGAUUCAACAGGUCAAGUUCAUUUUCAAGAUCGAUAUGCGCACGAUUUCGCAAGACCAGUCAUCGACAAUACAACAACGGAUUGGUCUGCAAUCAAAGGUCGUGAACAAAAUGGUUGGACAGCUAUUCAAUUCAAACGUUUUCUUGAUACUUGUGAUAGUAUGGAUGUUCCUAUUAAAUCUGGUACUAAUAUACUUAUAUAUGCCUAUGACCUCGAGGAUCCUGACAUGUCACAAACAGGUGGUAUGAUAAAGUAUCAUGAAAAUCGACGAGGUUCACGAAUCAUUCCACUUCAAUCUUAUGGCAAUCCAUCACCGGAAAAAAAAUUUGCUGAUCUGGACUAUUUCGAAUUUAAAUUACAAAACUAUGUCGUACCAGCGAAUGAUACUACUUAUCAUUGCAAAGUCUAUAAGGCACCAACUAAUUUUCCACAACGAAGACAUGCUAUUGCUCAUAAAACAAUGAUUGAUUCAAAUAAUCGAGACAUAGUCCAUCAUUUGUUGAUGUAUGAAUGUGAUCCUACCGCUGUGUUUGACGAUAACAAUUUACCAAAUGGUUUAUGUGACGAUAUUAAUGAACAGAUUAUUGCAUGUUCGUCAAAUAUUGCUACUGGAUGGGCUGUCGGUGGUGAAGAUAUAGUGGACCUUCCAGAAAUCACUGGAUAUCCGGUUGGUGGUGAUUUUGAGAUAAAAUAUUACAUGGUUCAAAUGCACUAUGAUAAUCCAAAGUUAAUGCCAAAUCGUCGUGACAGUUCAGGCAUUCGCUUUUAUCUUGGAAAAGAACUUCGUCAAUACGAUCUCGGUUAUCUCUCACUUACUGUAUUUGCAACUCCUGUUGCUAUUGCUAUUCCACCAAAAGUGGAUCGAUUCAUAAUUGAUACAUAUUGUCCAGCAGUGGUUACGAAAAGUUUUCCACAGUCGGGAAUAACAGUUGUUGGUGCAUUUCCCCAUACUCAUUUACAAGGUCAAAGCGUAUGGACAAAAAUCAUUCGAAAUAAAAAAGCAGUUGAAUAUUUAUUUAAUGCUGAAGCAUAUGAUUUCAAUUAUCAAUUUGAAAAUAUUCUACCAAAGCCCAUCAAACUAUAUCCGGGUGAUGAAUUAGCUACUCGAUGCGUUUAUCGUACAACAAAUAAGAAUGAAAUAAGUUUGGGUGGCGAAAAAACCAAGAAUGAAAUGUGCAUGCAGAUGUUUAUGUAUUAUCCUCGCAUGAAGAAUUUUUAUGGUUGCUCAACAAUCAAUUCUUUAGAAUCAUGGAGUAAAUUGAUGAAUAGUUCUGCAUCAUCCUUCGACUUUGAAGUAUUUCGAAAAUGGUUAAUGGAGCUGAAGUGGACACCAGAGUUAGCUGAACAAUGGCAGAAGUUUUAUAAUGAUGCUCCACGUGUCGUUAUUUCCGGUCCUACAGGCAAUUUCACCAUAACAAAUCUAACUAGGUUGCCUGAUUAUGAAGAUUUAAAACCAGCAGAAUGCAAAAGAAGUAUUACAAAUACUGCUAUUCGUUCAGUGUUCUUAUCUAUGUUUUUCACUUUUACUUCGUUUUUUGUAACAAUAGCAUCCCGUCUUUUUUAA